AUGUCUGUUUCCGAGAACGAGAUUUGCGUGGCACUGACCCCUUUCGACCACUGCGUACCGCGAGCCUACUACCUCGGCGCCGCGUACUUGCCCCUCAAAGCCGGUGUAGAGCCACUUCAAGCAUUCGAACUCUUGCGCGAGGGCUUGCACCGCACCUUUGUCCAGCUUCCAUGGUUAAAUGGAAAAGUUCGACUUCAGUCGUCCGAGACGCCCGGCUGGCGACCUGGACAGCUCGAACUGGGCUAUGCGCCCGCCGUCGCCGAUGAACCGCGUGCACCACAGUUGAAAUUCAAAGAGCUCGAGACGGACCUGGAUUAUGAGUCGGUGCGGGAGCUCGGCUUCCCGCUCGACAGCUUCCGCGAUGCUGAGCUUGCGCCCACUGCCUUCUUCGCCGACCCUGUUACCGAGCCAAAUGUCUUUGUCGGCCAAGCCAACUUCCUUCCCGGCGGCUGCAUUCUUGUAUCCGCCAUCCAUCACGUCGCCAGUGACCAGGGUGCCUUCUUCCGCGUUUUACGAUUAUGGGGCGAGCACUGUGCUGCACUGCAGACGCACACUUCAAGCGCCACGCCUGCACCGUUCCCCGCUGGCAGCGAUAGUCGUGAUAUCCUGCACGAGAUUUGGGCGCGCGAGUGCCCAGUCUCGUCUGUCGAAGAAGUCGACCCAGAGACAUGGCGCCUGGUUGGCUUGCUACCCACAGAUGUCACGCAGAGCAAUGACGCCCUUUCCUCACAACCGCCGUCAAGGCCGCAGCCUCCAAAACGGUUGUUGAAAGCCGGCGUAUUUUAUCUCUCUCCAGCACGGCUGGCGGCUCUGCGGGAGACAAUUGCAAAAGACCUCGGCGUGGCGAGUGGUAUCUCGGCCAACGACGCUGUGAGCGCCCUGAUCUGGCAAUGCUUUAUGAGAGCGCGCGUAGCGGCACGUCGACCGAGAGACGACGACAAGGCGGAAGACAAGGAACAACGGCUCAACAUGGUCUUUGACGGCCGGGCCAACUACUCCUCAGCACUGCCACAGACGUACCUUGGGAAUUUGACGUUCAAUGUGCAAUCAAGUCUGCCGACAGAGGCCCUGAUUGGCCGGGAAAGCUCCCUCGGCACCGUGGCGGCUACGAUCCGUCGCAAUGCUGGGUGGAUCGACUCGACGAAUCUGCUAAAUCUGUACAAUCUCCUGGAUCAUCUGCCCAGCUACACGGAGCUUAUGAGGCUGAAAUUGAUGCGGUUUGCGACGAUCGAUGGCAAUAACAUGACAAUCUCGUCACUCAUCAAUGUUUCGAUGGACACACUCUGCUUUGGGGAUGGCUUAGUUUUUGGCAACAGAGGUUACGUGGAGGCUACGCGCCUGCUAUUUGAAGGGAACAAUAGCUUCACUCGCUUGUGUGUUGUCUUGCCACGGAGCAGGAAUGGCGGGGUAGAGUUCCUCGCUAAUCUGUACGACGAAGAGUAUGAGGCAUUGUUGUCGGAUUCCGAGUUUGCCAAGUACGUGCUAUGUUUAUGUUGGCCGGAGUAA